UCCCCGCUCUCCGACCAGGCCCCGGGCCCGGGCCCCCCCGCCCCAGCGCCGACAUGCCGGCCUAUUUCCAGAGGCCCGAAAAUGCCCUCAAGCGGGCCAACGAGUUUCUCGAAGUUGGAAAGAAACAACCGGCCCUUGAUGUUCUUUACGAUGUUAUGAAAAGUAAAAAACAUCGAACAUGGCAAAAGAUACACGAACCUAUUAUGCUGAAGUACCUAGAGCUCUGUGUGGAUCUUCGCAAGAGUCACCUGGCUAAGGAAGGAUUAUACCAGUACAAGAAUAUUUGCCAGCAGGUGAACAUCAAAUCCUUGGAAGAUGUAGUUAGGGCCUAUCUGAAGCUCGCGGAAGAGAAAACAGAAGCUGCUAAAGAAGAAUCCCAGCAGAUGGUCCUAGAUAUAGAAGAUCUGGAUAAUAUUCAAACUCCAGAGAGUGUGCUCUUGAGUGCCGUAAGCGGUGAAGAUACUCAGGAUCGUACCGAUCGACUGCUUCUGACUCCUUGGGUUAAAUUUCUGUGGGAAUCCUACCGCCAGUGUUUGGACCUUCUUCGAAACAAUUCUAGAGUGGAGCGCCUCUACCAUGAUAUUGCCCAGCAAGCUUUCAAAUUUUGCUUGCAAUAUACCCGGAAGGCCGAAUUCCGUAAAUUAUGUGACAACCUGCGGAUGCAUUUAACUCAGAUCCAACGCCACCACAAUCAGAGUACCGCAAUCAAUCUCAAUAAUCCCGAGAGCCAGUCGAUGCAUCUGGAAACGCGACUCGUGCAGUUGGACAGUGCCAUCUGCAUGGAACUCUGGCAGGAAGCUUUCAAAGCAGUGGAAGAUAUUCACGGGUUAUUUUCCCUGUCUAAAAAACCUCCUAAACCCCAACUGAUGGCUAAUUACUAUAACAAAGUGUCGACUGUCUUUUGGAAAUCUGGGAAUGCCCUUUUCCACGCAUCCACUCUCCAUCGACUUUAUCACCUGUCCAGAGAAAUGAGAAAGAAUCUCACUCAGGAAGAGAUGCAAAGAAUGUCCACGAGAGUCCUUUUGGCCACGCUGUCCAUUCCUAUCACUCCUGAGCGUACUGACAUUGCCCGUCUCCUGGAUAUGGAUGGCAUCAUAGUAGAAAAGCAGCGACGUUUAGCGACACUUCUGGGCCUUCAGGCCCCACCCACGCGCAUUGUUCUUAUCAAUGAUAUGGUGCGAUUCAAUGUACUGCAGUAUGUCGUUCCGGAAGUGAAAGACCUUUACAACUGGCUGGAAGUGGAAUUCAAUCCACUGAAGCUGUGUGACCGAGUUACGAAGGUUCUAAACUGGGUGAGAGAACAAGCCGAAAAGGAGCCUGAAUUGCAACAGUAUGUUCCACAACUGCAAAACAACACCAUUCUCAGACUUCUGCAGCAGGUGGCACAGAUUUAUCAGAGCAUCGAGUUUUCUCGUUUGACUUCUCUAGUUCCUUUUGUUGAUGCUUUCCAACUGGAACGAGCUAUUGUAGAUGCAGCCCGACACUGUGACUUACAGGUUCGCAUCGAUCAUACUUCUCGAACGUUAAGUUUUGGAUCGGACUUGAAUUUUUCCACUCGAGAAGAUGCCCCAGUUGGUCCUCAUUUGCAGAGCAUGCCUUCCGAGCAGAUCAGAAAUCAGCUGACUGCUAUGUCUUCAGUUCUUGCAAAGGCCCUGGAAGUCAUUAAACCCGCUCACGUACUGCAAGAAAAGGAAGAACAGCACCAGCUGGCUGUGACUGCCUAUGUAAAAAAUUCAAGAAAAGAGCAUCAACGUAUUCUGGCUCGUCGUCAGACCAUCGAGGAGAGGAAGGAACGCCUCGAGAGUCUGAACAUUCAGCGUGAGAAAGAAGAGUUGGAGCAGCGGGAAGCGGAACUUCAGAAAGUCCGCAAAGCCGAGGAAGAACGUUUGCGCCAAGAGGCGAAGGAGAGGGAGAAAGAGCGCAUCCUACAGGAGCAUGAACAAAUCAAAAAGAAAACCGUGCGCGAGCGCUUGGAGCAGAUUAAAAAGACAGAAUUGGGGGCUAAGGCUUUCAAAGAUAUCGAUAUUGAGGACCUCGAGGAGUUGGAUCCAGAUUUCAUUAUGGCCAAACAAGUUGAACAGCUUGAGAAAGAAAAGAAGGAACUCCAGGAACGUUUGAAGAACCAAGAAAAAAAGAUCGACUACUUUGAAAGAGCAAAACGUUUGGAAGAAAUCCCUCUUAUAAAAAGUGCCUAUGAAGAACAGAGAGUGAAAGAUAUGGACCUUUGGGAACAACAAGAAGAAGAAAGAAUUACUACUAUGCAGUUGGAACGGGAAAAGGCUCUUGAACACAAGAAUAGGAUGUCCCGAAUGCUGGAAGACCGAGAUUUGUUUGUAGAGAGACUCAAGGCUGCACGGCAAUCUGUUUAUGAGGAGAAACUGAAGCAGUUUGAAGAGCGGCUGGCCGAAGAAAGACGGAAUCGCUUGGAGGAACGCAAAAAACAACGCAAGGAGGAGCGUCGCAUCACUUACUACAGAGAAAAAGAGGAGGAGGAGCAGAGGCUGGCAGAGGAACAGAUGAUUAAGGAGCGUGAAGAGAGAGAACGUGCCGAACGUGAAAAACGUGAAGAAGAACAACGAGAGUAUCAGGAGCGGGUCAAAAAACUAGAAGAGGUGGAGAGGAAAAAACGUCAGAGAGAGUUGGAAAUUGAAGAGAGAGAACGUCGUCGAGAAGAGGAGCGGCGGAUUUCUGAUGACCCGCUUUCUAGAAAGGAUUCUCGUUGGGGUGAUAGAGACUCUGAAGGCACGUGGCGGAAAAGCGCCGAACCCGAAGCCGAAUGGAGACGAGGGCCACCGGAAAAAGAAUGGCGGCGUGGAGAAGGGCGUGAUGAAGAGAGACCUCUUCGAAGAGAUGAGGACCGACCGAGGCGGGCAGGAGACGACGAAGAGAAAGAGCCGCCCGCCAGAGCGGAUGAAGACCGGGUUCCCCGCCGUGGGCUGGACGAGGAUCGGGGCCCCCGGCGCGGUGUCGACGAGGACCGGUUCCCCCGGCGGAGCGCGGACGAGGACCGGGGCUCUUGGCGGAACGCGGACGACGACCGGCCCCCGAGGCGCGCCGUCGACGAGGACCGGGGGCCCUGGCGCCCCGCCGAGGACGACAGGCCCCCCAGGCGCGGGCCGGACGAGGAGAGGAGCAGCUGGCGCAACACGGACGAGGACCGGGGGCCCCGGCGUGGAGUUGAUGAGGAUCGAGGGCCGAGGCGCGGGAUGGAGGAGGAGAGGUCGUCCUGGCGCAACACCGAGGAGGAUCGCGGGCCCAGGCGCGGCCUGGAUGAAGACAGGGGUCCGCGACGUGGUCUGGAUGACGACAGAGGUCCCUGGAGGAACAUGGACGACGAUCGAGGCCCCAGACGCGGGGCUGAGGAGGAAAGGGGUCCGUGGCGAAACAUGGAUGACGACAGACCUAGGCGUGGCGACGAUGACAGGAUUCCCAGACGCGGGGACGAUUCUAGACCCGGUCCUUGGAGACCGUUUGGUAAACCAGGCGGAUGGCGGGAGAGAGAGAAGGCCAGAGAAGACAGCUGGGGUCCCCCCAGGGAAUCCAGACCUUCCGAAGACCGUGACUGGGAUAGGGAGAAAGAGAAGGAUCGAGAUCAAGAUCGGGACGAGAAUGACAAAGAUCAUGAAAGAGACCGCGAUGUCGAUCGUGAGGAUCGCUUCAGGCGCCCCAGGGAUGAGGCUGGUUGGAGAAGAGGACCAGCCGAGGAAGCUUCUAGCUGGAGGGAUUCGAAUCGACGGGAUGAAUGGGAUCGAGAUGACCGUCGUGGUCGUGACCGAGACGAUCGAGGAGGCCGGGACCUGAGAGAUCGGCGUGGUGAUGACAGAGACAGGAGAGGACCUCCUCUCCGAUCGGAACGUGAAGAAACAAGUUCGUGGCGACGCACCGACGAGCGGAAAGACGAACGGGGAGAGGAGCGUGACGCUCCGCGCCGUAUCCCUCCUCCCGCUCUUUCACGAGAUCGGGAGAGAGACGGUGAGAAGGAGAGAGGGUCCUGGCGGUCGGAAAAGGAACGAGAGACCCUUCGUCGUACUAAAAAUGAGACUGACGAAGACGGGUGGACCACCGUGCGACGUUAAGCCACAAGAUCCACACGGUCUAAACUGGUGUUUUAUCCUAGAUUUGAUCAUUAUUCAAAAAUUAUAUUUGUGCUUAAAACCAUUCUGAAUCGAGGUUCUUUAAAUGUUUCGCUGUAAUAUGAAAAGCAUGAACUUGUGUUUAAUCCUAUAUAGAUCGAUCAAGCCACUGUAUCCACAGCAGAAGAUGGGGAAAUCGAAUGCUGUUUUCUGAAAUAUGAAGUGUUUCAUUAAUUCACAGAUCAUUUGUGUGUUUUUUUAAAAUCCAACCCCAAAACACAACAAAAAUAAACGGAAACUGUGAACCCUGCAGGUAUCGAGUAGCACACGUGUUUCAGGAUAAAGCUAAACUUUUUUUUUUUUAAAGUCAAAAGAGCUGAUUGAAAUUUGGAGCGAAGUAAAAACGAAAUCUGUCCUUAGGCCAAGAUUGGAAAAUCUUUCCGUAAAAGAGUCAAGAGAUUUUUGAGGGUGCUUAGCCUUAUCUGAAUCUAGAAAGCUCGUACGUCCACGUCGUGUGCCGUAUGCAUUCUAAACCUUAGAUACAGUGGGGGUUCGGUAGAUUUUUACAUGACUGCAGGUGCGUCUUUAUGGAGCAGUCUGCUCGUCGUGCUGACGACGCGAACACAGUUAUAGAGCGAAGCAAGGAACAACCUUUUAAAUUGGAAGCCUCGGGUAAGCCUGCUGCUAAGAAUGUUUUCUGUUGCCAAUAGCGUAACCGCUUUUCCACUCACCAAGAACUCAUGCCUUUUAAGCAUUUUAAACCUGAUAAUAUUUAUAACUGUGUGGGGCUUUCUCUUGAGAUUUUUUUCUUUAAUUUUCUUUGUCUUCAGUAUAGUUUUUUUCUCCCUCCCUUUCAACAAGUACUUUGUAGUAAUGACUGUGUUGACUUCAAUCUUGGUACAGUAGCACCGUCAAUCGUUAACCAUUUGGUCUUAAUUGAAGCCAACACAGAACUUGCUGCUGUAUUUUUUUUCCUUCAGUGAAAAAAAUAAACUACUUAUAGAAUUAGUUAUAGUCUUGAUUUUUAAUUAGCAUCACUUGAGUAUUUUGUCCAAAAAUAGGUCUCGUCAAUCAUUUAGUCUUUCCCAUCCCACCCGAAUAGCGAAGUAGAUUUAUAGAUGUUCUUGAUUCAAGUAAAAGGUAUGUGGUCUCUGCCAACUGAAAUCUGACUCUGAACGUGUUAAUAUUUUGCCGCCCCCCCCCCCAACCCCCACCGCGGAAAAUGAAAUUUCCCUUUAAAAUGUGUGUUUUCCCUCCGGAACUCACCCAAGUUAACAGGUUGAAAUUAUCAUUCCAUAUCUUUCUAUGAAAGUUUGGAUUACUUUGGCACGCUUGUUCGCCCCAACUAAAUUUUUUCCAAAAUGCUCGCACUCGCCACGUUCUGUCUUAAUAAUAUGGAAAGCCUGUCUCUUUGGGGUCGACCGCUCAGUUACUACAGAUCAUCAUGUUGACCGAGAGCCACCGGGGUGACCUUUAUCCAGAAGAGGGAGCAUUUACAAUGAAAUCGUGAACGAAGCAGAAUGAACGCAUUGCCCGGAUAGAUGGCUUUUCAUUGUAAUUGAUGAUAGUUUAGCCACUUUAAUCCAAUCACCCGUUUUCACAGUUAAUUGUAUUGAAUCUCGGAAAUCCUCAUCAAAAAUCUUGAAGAGGUUCUACUCGUAGUUACGUGACACACUUUCCUCUGACCUGUCAGAUUUUUGACAUUUUCUGUCACCGUGCUGCUGGGACCCCUCCACGUUUCACCUGUGUUCUGGUGGUUCUAUGUGCUUGAAAUGGAAGAUUUCCACACUUCGUCUGCAUUUAGUAAAGGGCAUUUGGAUUGUCCAGAUAUCUUGAUUUCAGAAAUAAACUUUCCACUAUGAAAA